AUGAGGACAAUCCAGUGUCAAAGUCAUCCAGAGCAGCACGGAGCCUCCAGCAGCCUCCACAGCCUCAGGAGCAGCAGCGGCACCAUCACCAUGAGUCUACUCAGCUCAUCCAGCAUCAGCCUGGCUGCUCUACUCAUCCUCACCUUACCAGUCUGCAAAAGUGCUCCAGCAGAAGUCCAGCAAGUCACAAUAGGCCAGAGUCAACCACACAGCCAGAUCGACACUGUAUGCUCGUCAUACCUCUCUGCAGACCAUAAGUUUCAGGCAUCUGACAUCUUAGGUGAACUCUGUGUCAUGAUGCUGGUUCAGAGGUCAAAGGAGCUGAGGGGACAAGAAAAAAGUAAAAGGGCUGAACUUCAGGGACCUGGUGGAAUCCAGAGCAGAGGUUACUUUCUCUAUCGGCCACGAAAUGGAAGAAGAUCCUUAGAAUAUGAGUAAAAUAAAGG